UGUCAAAUUUAGGAUACAAAGAGUUGUGGACAUUAGUUGAAGAGGGUUUGCAAGAUUCCAAUCUGCUGAAACCACACAAGAAUCGGAAGGAGACAAUGGAGAAGAAUAGGAAGAAAGAGUUUGAAGAAUAUAAGAACAAAAUGAUUGAAUGGGCCAAAUGGAAACUUGAGCAACAUUACAGUAUUUUUGAGGGCGAACAUCCAAAGAACGACUUAAGUCAUAUUGAAGACGAUCCCAACUGCACGGAAUGUUAUGAGCACCACAAAAAGCUAUGCCAACAAAUUGUCAAAGAGUUAGAAGUCAUCGACGACUUCCAAUGGAAGAGCGGGAAAAACAAGUUCAUCUUUGCUGGCGAUUUGGCGACACUUUACGAUAAAAGUUUGGUAGAUUAUCAAGGAAAUGAUUCGCUUUUCUUCGCGAUUUAUAAGAUGGGAAAACGCUUACAAAGUUUAGAGAAAUUCUUGUCCAAUUUGAGCAGUCAAGACAAACUAAGUAGCGAUGAUAAUAUCAGCACAGCGUCUGCUGAAGUUGACACAAUGCCUGGUGAAAUUAACACUUAUGAUGAAGCUGUUGGUAACAAUAACGACAAUGAGGUCAACAAUGGUGACGAGGGAACUGAUAGUAAUACUAGUUAUAAUUUCCUAAGUAAAGCUGGUAACGUCUUGGCGCGGUUCGUUGGUUGGUCAGCUAAUUCAGAAAAUUCAGAGCAACAUUCUUUAAAGACGUCUAUAACUGAGGCGUUUGACGCGGCUGAACUAGCCGCAGCUAAUAUAGCAGACGUCGACUUUACUUCGAAGCUAUUUAGUGACCCGGAUUUUCCUUUCAUUGAAUCUGAGAUGGAAUCUAUUAAGAACGAUUUCUUGAAAUCAUACAGAAGAUGGAAGAAAGAGAAAAAUUGGUCAACGUUUUUGAAUAACAAGACGAAGCUUGAUUAUUUUAAAAUGCAUUCUAUCAAGUAUCAAGAAGAGAUUGAUGCUAUGCACAAAGACAUAGCAAAAAAUUUAAUUUCUAAGCUUGAGUCAACGUAUUCGAAGGGCGACGAAAUCGUUAUGAAAAAAUUGGAAAAGAGCGAUUCUUUUUUUCCAGGAUAUACUCUACAUUAUACCGUUAAAGUUGAUGAACCACCUUACAACGAACUAACUAUCAAUGAAAUCAAACUGGAUGCAUAUGAAUGUGGAAAAGUUAAGCAAGAUCCGAACUAUCUACCGACUCCGAGAGCUUGUGUCGAAAAAGUUCUUCGUAUCAAUGACAAGUCUAUUCUCAGAAUGGGAUUUUUCUUCUUUUUAUCUAGGAAUAUCUCACAGUUUGAUGAUGGAAAGUUUGUACUGAUCUUGAAGGAUAAAAGUAAACGUGGAGAUAAAGAGGCAUUUGCUGUCUAUUAUGAUAUGCUUGCAAAUUUAGUGGAUAAAUUUGCAGACUUAGGUUCUCCUAAACCCGUUAGGGUUUUGUACUCCACUGAGGAUAUACUAAUUGCUAUCAACGAUUCACAAGGUCUUAUGGCAACUUUUUGUAAUAAAAAGCACAAACUUCAUGUAUACAGUUUUGACAAGAAAGCCAAAACGGUUGAGGAUGAUUACAAUAAUAUUUUUGAGCCAUUUGCGUCAUUAUCCUCAGUCGACCAUUUUCUAUGGAUCAAUAAUACACGAACGCUUUUCUUCGUCGAGGAAAAUGGAAACGCGUAUACUUAUGAACUGGGAAAUAAUUAUUUAAGACCUUUUGCAAAAAUUCCGGCGAAUGCUCAGCGUGUUCUCAGUUCGCCUGAUGGAACUUGUAUAUUUGCACUUUUCGCGAAAACAGAUGAAAUGGACGAUCAUCUUUCUGAGACCAGAGAUGAUGGUUAUACAACCGAGCUAUCAAAUGGUGAGAAAGUUAUCCUUUCAGGAUCAAACGGAGAGCAAGGCGCCGAUUACGUCCAUUUACAAGAAGGUCCGGUACCAAUGGAUGUAGACACUGUAGACAAUUUGGUUCACGCCCACGUAUUCUAUCUGGAUAAAAGCGAGCAAAGCAAUCCUUUGAUAAAAACUAUUCCUUUCCCGUCACAUAUGUUACCGUAUUGUCAAUUUACAUCGUUCGAGAAUGUUCAACAUCAUUUAGUUUCGCUCGAUCUUGAAAACAGCCGAUUUACUUCAGCAAGAGUCUGCAUCACUGGCGAGAAGAAUAAGUUUCAAAUUAGGAGAAAUGCUAGCGAUGUGAUUGACGGAAAGGUUACGAUUGAGAACCCAACUAUUGUGCUUGGCAAAUGUACAAGGUUUACUCAGCACGUUCAAGUUGGUCAAUAUAUUGUCAUAAAAAAUGAAAAGAAACCUGUACUGAAUAUUUUCUCCGACACUGAACUGGAGGUUGGCGAUGGUGGUUUUCAAUCAUCAACAGGCACUAAAUCGUGGCAUAACUAUACAAUAGAGGAAAAAACAAUAACCAAUGGAUAUCUGGAUGUCUACUCGCAAUUGUUCACAAAGUAUCCUAUACUGCCUUGCAUAAAUAAUGGCAUUGUACCUAUGCAACUCACUAUUGUGAUAGACACUCUGGAAACCCCGGAGACAGAUCUGGAGAUAUUGAGGAAUAGAUUCAGCAACUAUAUGAAAUCCCAGUUCCAGAAACUUCGUAAAGCCACUAAAAAAGAUACGGGCCCGUUGAAAAAAUUUGGUGUACACGUGGCAAGAUAUGAUGAUAUUUUAGCAGAAGAUAUUUUAGAACAAGGUGCAUCACGCUAUCGAACAGACGAAUGGGUUAUCCAGUUAUGUACACUUAUACCAAUACAACUGGCAGUGGCUAGAGAUGAUCAGUUUAUUGUCCUGCGUAAUGGCUUACAAUCUCAGCAGGCUAUCCAAAUCGAAGAUGGAAAAAAUGCGGAAGAAGUUAGUCAGUCAAUCUCAUUCGAUUGGUAUGAGGCAAUCUUCAAAUAUCUUGGUAAUAAGACCGUGAAAGUCGUAUCUAGCAUGGGUGAACAAUCGUGCGGAAAGUCGUACCUUCUCAAUCAUUUUAUUGGUACAAGUUUCGAUGGAUCUGCCAUGCGUUGUACAGAAGGUGUAUGGAUGUCUUUAGCAUAUGUGGAAGACAAAGUCUAUGUAGCACUUGACUUUGAAGGACUCAAUUCUGUUGAAAGAUCAGCUCAAGAUGAUCUUCAUCUGACCCUCCUAAACGCGAGCAUAUCGACAAUGAUUUUGUUCAAGAAUCACUUUGCGAUCAAUCGAGAUAUGUCAGAGAUGUUCAAGAGAUUUCAAGUAGGCAGACGCUAUUUCGGCAAUGAAGAAGAAGAAAGUAGGAUAUUUCAGGCGUUAUUUUGCAUGAUUAUUAAAGAUGUCCCAGAAGCUGACACUGAAUUAAUCCAGCAUGAAUUUUAUCAGAAACUUACUGACAUCGUGCAGGCCGAAAACGAGAAUAAUUUUAUAUCCAGAUUGUAUGGUGAAGCAAUUAGUAUCAUACCUUGGCCUGUAUUCAAUGAUCCGGAAUUUUAUGUAACAUUCGACGAGCUUAAAGAAAAAUUGGAUGAGGAAGCACCGAAUAAAUACGCCAAUGCGCUUGACUUUCUGAUCAAGCUUAAGUUCAUCAUGGCAAAAUUGACGAUAAGUGACUGGACAUCCCUGUAUGAAAGUAUAUUACGAAGCAAGGUUAAGAAGUUUAAAAAGCUGCUCCCAAUAGUUGUGGCCUACGGUCACGAAUUUAUCGAAUCCGCUUCGCAAAUUGGAAACAAUGAUUUUGAUGAAAAUAGACUCGACUCUCAAUCUAUCGUACAAUAUCUUGUCGAUCAUAAUACUGGAACUUGUAUCGACGAUUAUGAAAUCCCAAUGUUAAAUACUCAGAACAACUCUAACAUAUCUUUACCAGACACUAAUAUAAUCUUAGUAAAUAAGACCGAAGAGGAUUCGGUUGAACAAUCCAAGAGUCUUUUAACAUUUUUCGAAAAUCAUUUUGGAAAGCGUUCACUUGCCAAAGACGACUCUAAAUGGCUGAAUGACUAUCGCCAAUUUAUUAGUGAAAUUGUAAAUCGGCGUUGUGACCGUGUUGAAAAAUGGCUUAAUGCGAACCUUCAACCGUAUCAACAGGAUCAUCAGGAAGUUGUACAAACCAAGCAAGAACUCGAAAAAGAAGUCAUUCAACUCAAACAACGGUGGACUUUAUGUGAGAAAGCCUGUCACAAUAAUGGAUGUACUUUACCAUGUUUAAAGAACAAACAUCAAGAUGCAGAACACGAUUGUAUGACAGAUCAUAAAUGCCAUUCACCUUGCGAUUUUGUGGAGGAUCAUGCUGGAGACAACGAAUUGCCGCUAUGUCAUCAUCCCGCUGGACAUGCAGGAAAACACAGUCUAGAUCAUCUCCAUGCUCUUGAGGCAGGCUCGCGGGAAGAUCAUAUAUGCGGCCACGAACAUCCAUGUAAUAAUAAAUGUGAGAAGUCAGGUAUCUGUAGCGUCGACACCACAAGGGAAACGAGGACAUACAAAAAUAGUUUUGGAGAGUUUUCUUACGAAGAGCGCUCACAAAAAGAAAGGAAGCUCAAUUGUAGUCUUAUGAUUCCGCCAAACAAACUAAGCCACGAAGGUCCUCACAAAUGUAAGGAAAAUCACAACUGUACGCAACGAUGUCCUUACUGCCAAUUUUAUUGUAAAGAACUAUAUGGACACCAUGGACCACAUGAAACGGCUCACGGAAGCAUGAAGCCAAUGGUUUGGGUAGGCAUUACCAAAACUAUUAGCUAUAAAAAACAUACGUAUAAAAGUGGGGAUUCAGGGAGCCCUGUCUACUGCGACAUGCUGUGCAAAGAUGCCGAUCGUCACCUUCAUGUUGAUUAUUGCCCCGACGAAACGACAUGUAAAGCUUCAAGAUUAGCGAAGCGCAAGGAUCAGAUUGAGCACAUUAAUGAUAAAAUUGAACCAUACCCAGAAAAGCCCAAAGACUAUAUCUCACAUCGUCUAUAUUGGAGUCGAUCAGGUUUCCGAGACCCUUACGAGUCAGUCGACGAACAGAGACUCUUUUCAAGUUGUGUACAUCUUUGUGGCAACGAUGUACAUGCUAACAAGGAGAAAUACUACUGCAAAUUGCCAUUAUUUCAUGAUCCUGCUGACCCUAAUACACAGGUGGCGAAUGGUCAUAUCUCGAAGGAUGGUCAUCAGUUUGAGUGUUCACAUUACGGCUCAUAUCAUAUUGUCUUCGUUAUCGAUAAGUCCGGAUCGAUGUCUUCCCCUGAUAUAAAGCCUGAUGACAGAACCGGAUCUCAAAAAAUUAUUCAAAACCAUGAUAAUCGACUUGGUGCAGUCUAUGAAUGCGUGAAGCAGUUUGUCAGGACACGAUGUGGAAUAAACGGGACAAAUCAGAUUGAUGACGAUAUAAUGUCAUUUAUACUGUUUGACUGCAAUCCGAAUAUAGUCAUGCAGAACCGAAAAUUCGACUACAACGAUAGCUUAAUUGAUGAACUUUGUAAACAUAGGGCCAGCGGCGGUACUGAUUAUGUUAAAGCCAUUAAGACAGCUGGGGAAGUCAUUCAGAGACACAAGAAACAGGCCAGAGUGAAUUUGAUCAUAUUCUUGUCCGACGGUCUUUGUAGUGUGCCGAGGGCGGAGCUCGAACAGAUUUGCAAACGAGGCAAAGACGAACAGUCUCCCGUUUACCUAUAUACAGUAUAUUUUGCUGCCGGUUCAAGCAGUGCAUCAACGCUUCAAGAGAUGGUGGAUAUCGCAACUAAACAUGUUCCAACCAAAGGGCUCAGGUGUCAAUUCAUAUCAGUGCCGUCUACACUCGCAUUGAAAGACCACUUUGUUGGUAUUGCAGAAAGCAUAAAAAAGCAUCAGCCAACUCUUAUCAGGCGUUAA